UUGUACUCUUUUCUUUCCCUCUUUUUCUUUUUCUCUGCUCUGCCGGCUCCUGCCAGGGCUCAGAAGUAAGUCUGGGGUUGACUAGGAAGUCUGCAGGUGCAUGACACCCAUGGGGAGGGGCACGCCACAGCUGCGUCCCUAGUGGGCAGAGAAUGUGUCUGUCCCCUGGGUGGGUCUGUGUCCAGGCUAUUGGGAAUGGCCUGCUCUGGGCCCGGAUUGUGUCUCACUUUCAGCCCUAUGGUCUAGCAGAGCCUAACCUGCCCCUGCCCCACCCCCACAGGCUCCGCAGUGUGAAGAUUGAACAAGGGAAAGUGAAUGAUCAAGCCAACACUCUGGCUGACCUGGCCAAGGCACAGAGCAUUGCGUAUGAGGUGGUGUCGGAGCUGCAGGCCCAGCAGGAGGAGUUGGAGGCACGCCUGGCCGCCCUGGAGAGCCGCCUGGACGCUCUGGGCGCCUCCCUGCAGGCCCUGCCGAGCCUCAUUGCCUAAGCCAUAUGCCCUCUGCCACCGCCCUGGCCUGGGCCUGGUCACCCGGUCGCAGCCACCCGGAGCCCACGAGGCCACUGGCUGCCCACCACGGGGUCAGACUGCGGGUGAUGGCCUGCUGCUCACCAGACUGCUUAAUCUUGGCCAUCAGGUGGUCACAGCAAGCGCCUCACCACUCUGGACCGCCGGACCUCUGGACUUACAAGCCUGGGUGGAGCUGAGCUGAGAGGACUGGCGCUCAUCCCCCUGAGGCUGGACCGUAGGGCCAGUGCCCUCUUGGCUGUCUCAGGCCCCAGGAGGGCAGGGAGUGACAGCAGGGGGCCCUUACCAUUUUUAAG